UGUCAUCUUGUUGAAUGAAAUAGUUAGCCAGUGAACUACAAUGUGACACCAUCUGCUGCGUAAUCAUAACGUUAUAUUUGCCUAAAUGUAGGCUUUUAAAUCUCAGGGAAAAUGUCACGUUUAAAGGAUCAACUGGCCACCGUCAUGAGGCUUUUAGUAAAUGCAGCCGUGGUGGAAAUAAGUAAAUUGAUGGAUGAGUGCACGAGUCAAAACGUUUACACCGAGUCACAGAGGCAGUGCACGGGCCCUGGGACUGAGCUGUCUGCCACCAUGAAGAGAUUGUGCAAAGAGGCCAUGCAAAAAAUCAUUAGUCUCAUAGAUGAGGAUACAGCUUCUCUGCGUCUGCAAGUGUCUGUGUGUCAGAGAGAUAAUCCGGUUCUGAAGGAGAAUCUCCAGGUGAUGGAUGAUGACCUGAGGUCGACUGGAGGGCUUGGAGAGGUGGAUGCAGAGGACAGGAAGACCCAAGGAAAAGACCUGACUAAAUUUGUGCGCUUGUCUGAAGUCAACAGUGGCACGUCUUCAGAGACGGAGGAGGAAUGUGCUGAAUGGAUCACCUUGAAGGAGGGUACCCUGCAACAGGACACCCAGACAGGACACACACAUGAGCACACAGAUGGAGAAUCCAGGACAGAGGAUGGGGAGGAUGCUACUAUUGAACGCAACUUAGAGGAGGAGAUUACUACACAACUCUCACCAGCAAAGGCCCAAGAUGACCAAGACUUAGAGCCUGCUGUGCCCACAGACAUAUCCAAUGAUGCUAAGAUGGCGGCUCCCACAGUACGUCAAAUGAGACUGCGUGCAGUGAGACGCACCCAGGGCCAGAAAUCUGUCAAAGGAGACAAAUGUUUAAGCUGUGUACAGUGUGGGAAGGCUUUUAGUAAACUAAGUAACCUGAAAGCCCACCAGGUUGUCCACACAGGUGAGAGGCCAUUUAAGUGUACACAUUGUGGGAAGGGCUUUACAGCAAAGUGCAGUCUCAAAGUACACCACGUUAUAGUCCACAAAAGGGAGAAGCGAUUCAAGUGCACAUACUGCGGGAAGAUAUUUGGCACCCAGAGCCAGCUUAAAGAACACCAGGUGGUUUUCAAAGGAGAGAAAGCGAAGGUAUUAAGAUGUACUUUGUGUGCUAAGGCUUUCCCUGCCAAAUGUAGCCUCAAAGCUCACAGGAUAGCUGUACACAGAGGAGAGAAGAGAUUCAAGUGCUCUCAGUGUGGGAAGGUUUUUGCCAGGCAGAGAGAUAUGGUAGUACACCAGGGUGUACACACAGGAGAAAGACCAUUUAAGUGUACAGCGUGUGGGAAGUCUUUUACAGCUAGACGGAGUUUAAAUGUACACGUGCUGACUGUACACAAAGGAGAGAGACCUUUCAGCUGUGACAUAUGUGGCAAUAGAUUCAGCCAGAGAAGUGGCCUCAAGGCUCACCGAAGGACCCACACCGGAGAGAAGCCCUACAUGUGUGACCAAUGCGGAAAAGGCUUCAGCCUGAAAAGUGCCCUUAAUACCCACCACGUAGUUCACACUGGUGAGAAAGCAUUUAGCUGUGAGAUCUGUGGCAAAUGUUUUAGUUUAGCGCCUAACCUCCGCAGACACCAGCAGACUCACUCUGGUGUUAAAGCGUUCUCCUGUGACAUAUGCCAGAAGAGUUUCACUCAAGCUAGUCAUCUCAAAGUCCACCAGCGCAUUCACACAGGUGAGAAAACGUUUGUAUGUGACGUAUGUGGAAAGAGCUUCAACCAGAAGAGUUCGCUGAUGAUCCACCAGAAGAUACACAGUGGGGACAAACCCUAUGACUGCUUAGAGUGUGGAAAAUGCUACCGGUCUGCAAACUAUCUGAAAAGGCACCAGGUGACACACACAGAGAAAAAAACUCACUCUUGUGAAGAAUGCGGGAAGAAUUUCCACACUGCUACCAAUCUCAAAACUCAUCGUCGGGUCCACACAGGCAAGAAGACGUUUACCUGUGAUAUAUGUGAACAAGGGUACAGUUCCCUGAGUUACUAUAACGCUCACCGGCUCAUUCACACUGAGGGGAAACCAUUCAGCUGCACCAUGUGUGAGAAGCAGUUCGCCAAACAGCGUUUCCUCAAUCUUCACCUACGCACUCACACUGGAGAGAGGCCACAUACCUGUGACCUGUGUGGGAAGAGCUUCAGUUUUGCACAGAACCUUGUUCGCCACAAACGCGUGCACACUGGGGAGAAACCGUUUCUCUGCAUUUUGUGUGGGAAGACUUUCAGCCAAGCGAACAAUCUCAAGGCUCACCGGCAAGUGCACACUGGGGAAAAACCAUACAACUGCUCCAAAUGCAGGAAGAGCUUCUCCUGUAUGAGAAAUCUGAAGGAACACAAGUGUAUUGAAGUUCAAGAACAAAUAGUAGAAGUGACUGUUGGGAAACUCUCACAAGUACUGUAAUAAUGUUUGAAUAAUGGCACAAUACCACAACACCUGACUAACUGGAGCUGCUUUGCAAAAAAAUGCUAUGAAUGUUGCAAAUCCAUGUAGCAAUUAUAAUUCUAGAAUAUCUAGCUAUUACACAAGCUGUAUAAAUGACAAUGCAAGCCUUCUACUGUACGUCCAUGGUCCUUCCAUGGAUUCCCCCUGAUGUUAUUAGGAUGGGUUGAAAUUUGCAUCACUGUUGCUAUCAUCAUGUCUCUCAGGUAACCUGGGCCAAGUCUAAUGAUAAGUACUACUAUGUUAUUAUAUGUGUGUAAUAUGAAUUUAGCAUUUCCAUAUUUCAACCCAAUUGCACCAGUAAUGUUGCAGCAUGAGUAUUUUACAGUAUGUUGCAAUACAUUUGCUCCUUUUUACAACUCAGGUAACAAGAGGUGUUUGACUUGUGUUUUGUCCCUGUAAAUCUGAAUUAAAUAAAUCUACUUAGAAUCAAAUUAUAUAUAUAUAUAUAUGUGUGUGUUACCCAUGUCGCUGUUCAGUUGAACCAAAGAAAAGGUGUCCUUUAAUGUAGGCUUAACUAAUGUUGUGAGUUUAAAGAUAUUCAGUAAAAAAUAUUCAGAACUUUGAGUUUUUCAAUUUAAAUGAUGAUACAAAAUUCUUGCAACCACUAGAAUGUUUAUAUAUAUAUAUAUAUAUAUGCCGUGCCUUUUACUGAGCAGUGGCUUCCGUCUGGCCACUCUAGCAUAAGGCCUGAUUGGUGGAGUGCUACAGAGAUGGUUGUCCUUCUGGAAGGUUCUCCCAUCUCCACAGAGGAAGUCUAGAGCUCUGUCAGAGCGAUCAUCGGGUUCUUCAUCACGUCCCUAACGAAGGCCCUUCUCCCCCGAUUGUUCAGUUUGGCCGGGCGGCCAGCUCUAGGAAGAGUCUUGGUGGUUCCAACCUUCUUCCAUUUCAGAAUGAUGGAGGCCACUGUGUUCUUAGGGACUUUCGAUGCUACAGGAUGCACCUGAGCUCACUUUCAAGUCUCAUAGCAAAGGGUUUGAAUACUUAUGUAAAUAAGAUAUUUCUAACAGCCUGUUUUCGCUUUGUCAUUAUGGGGUAUUGUGUGUAGAUUGAUGAUUAAAAAAAAAAUGUAUUCAUCCAUUUUAGAAUAAGGCUAACUUAAAACAACAUUUGGAAAAAGUCAGGGGGUCUGAAUACUUUCCGAAUGCACUAUAUAUUUUAUAUAUUUACAAAAGAAUAUGCACUACCGUUCAAAAGUUUGGGGUCACUUAGAAAUUUCCUUGUUUUUGAAAGAAAAGCACAUUUUUUUUGUCCAUUAAAUAACAUCAAAUUGAUCAGAAAUGCAGUGUAGUUAUUGUUAAUGUUGUAAAUGACUAUUGUAGCUGGAAAUGGCAGAUUUUUUAAAUUGAUUUUUUAAUGGAAUAUCUACAUAGGCGUACAGAGGCCCAUUAUCAACAUCCAAUGGCAAGUUUGUCAUUCUAAAAGGCUAAUUGAUCAUUGGAAAACACUUUUGCAAUUGUUAGCACAACUGAAAACUGUUCUGAUUAAAGAAGCAAUAAAACUGGCCUUUAGA